UUGUUUGUUGUUUAUUAUAUCAAACAUUGAAAAUUUAUUAGAUGAUGAUUAUUUUUUAAUUUUUUUUGAGCGGUUAGUCUAGGUUGCUAAUUCGCUAUAUUAUUUUUUAGUAAAAUCUUUUUUCUUUUAUUUUGAAUGAUUAUUAUGGAGCAUAAUGAUGAUGAUGAUGAGGUGUGUAGUGAUUAUAACAAUAAAUUACCUCCUUUAUCCGCAAAAUACCCAUGGUUUGUUGUUCAAAAUUUGGAAGACCCAGCUGUUCUCCACCUUACACGACCCGUUGCUUAAGCAUCAAUGUCGAAUCCUUGAGUUGUCCGGGAAACGUAUCCGAGGCUGUUUCCAUGGAUGGAUCACUCUCUCCAACCAUCCACACAACGAUAUGUGGUCUCUUUGGAACCCGUCAACUGGUAACAUCAUGUCACUCCCUCCUUUGAUUUUAAAAGAUGGAGAUUAUGAUUCUAUCGAUCCGAGAAUGUUGUUUGUCUGCUCAUCCUGAUAAUCCAAAUUCAGUCCUCCUCUUAUUAGUGAUGUCCAAUAAGCGUGCCUUUGUUUUUUGUCAACUAUCCCCCAAAAGAAAGAAAAGCCUUAGAAAAAAGCCGAGAUGGACUCAGAUGUCAUAUGCUUACCAACUCAAGAGAAUUACCCUAAAUGGUCAUUUAAUACAUAGUCUAACUUGUUGCAAUGGUCAUGUAUUUGCUUUGUGUACCGACAGUCAUAUUAAUAAAUUUGUCAUACGGGUUGAAAUUGUAGUUAAGGACAGAGAAGUUGUGAUAAAACUAUUAGCCUUUGGAGGAGGUCCUAUUCGUCGUGACUUCUAUCCUUGGUCCGAAUACCUCUAUUUUUUGACGGGAACUUGUGAUGAGUUAUUUUACAUUAUAGUUGGUUUCCGUACAAGUCACAAAAUACCUAGUGAUGUGUAUUUGUUUAAAUUAGACAUGACUAGUAUAAACUGGAAAGUUUGGAAUGUCUCAAAGACUGGGACAUGACUGGUGUGGUAACAUGGGAUGAUGAAUGCCAUUACCACAAUGACUUGAAAAUUAGUGGAGAGUUAUGGGAAGAAGUGCAAGACCUUAGUGACACCAUAUUUGUCGUGGAUAUUGCCCGUGAGAUCUCGGAGUUUUACAACCCUGCAAUUGCCUCGGAGUUAGGGGGUUAUAUUCACAUUCAUGACAAAACGGAAAAGGUAAUAUAUUCGUAUCACCUGAAUGAUAAAACCAUUGUUCGAUCUCCCAUGCCUUCUUCCGUGCUUCCAUCAAGCCACAUAUCAAUGUGGGAGUGCCGGUUAGAAGAUGAAGGUAGAGAAGCCAAAUUCAUAGUGGAUUCUAAACAAGAAAAGGAUGAGACAGUGGUUGCUUUAAUUACAGACAAUGUUGUUGAAGCUAGUGAAUCUCGCCUGCUUGAUAUUCCGCUUGAUGUCCUGGAGAUGAUUAUGAAGCUUUGUGUUGGCGUGGAAUACAUGAACUUCCGUGCUACAUGCACGCGUUGUCAUCUGGCUGCACCUCUGAUACAAUGGCGCAACCAAAAAGCAUUACAUAAUUAUUCCUUUGUUUCGCCUUCGCUGAUGGUUGUAGACCAAAUUCGAGGCAUUAUCACUUUCACAGAUCCGAUGAUGGGUGAUAGAUACUUUAUGAGAUGUCCACAUUUAUCGAUCUUCGAUGAAGCAAUAUGUUGCUCCAGGUUUGGUUGGUUGCUGUUUAAGAACAGUAAUUUAUGCCCUACAUUUUUUAACCCCUUCACAAAUGAUCUCCUUGAGCUUCCAUGCCAGUAUUAUUAUAUAUAUAAGUUAUGGUUCUCAGCCCCACCUACUUCUUCUGAAUGUAUGGUUGUUGGAUUUUCAUCUAAAAAAAUUGUCAUCCUUAAUGUAGCCCUAGAACAAACCUGGCGGGUGUUUGAUUUAGACCCAAAAGAUCUAAUACUAAGUUCAGUUUUGUUUCCAACAUUCCACAAUGGAGAUCUUUAUACUUUGUUUUCGAGGGGACAACUUAGGGUGUUCAAAGAUUUAAGUGAAGCUGAUAUCUCAGAAACAUUUCAAAGCUGAAGUCCCAAGAAGUUGUAGCUAUCUCUGGCACGGUAUUUUUUGGUGAAAUGUGACCAACAUCUUUUACUAGUCGUUAUGGUCGGCGUUGGAGAACCCAUAGAGGUAUUCAAGCUGACUGAUUCUAAAGAAUGGGAGAAAGUAAAUGGUGUAGGAAAGCAUAUGAUUUAUAUUUGUGAUACAACAUGUCUCUGCGUUGAAGCUAAAACACCCGAAAUGGAGAACAAGAUCUACCUUGCAGAAACGGCAAACAAGAAGGUAGUGUUUUAUUCACUUGAAACAUGCACGUAUUACACAUUCAAUGGCAAAAGUAUUCAAGAAAAAUUAGGGGAUGUCCUCACAACCAAAUAUCUUUCCGCUCAUACUUGGAUUGAACCAAGUUUGUCACCUUCUUACGCCUCAAAAGAAGAAGAGGAAGAAAAGCACUUGAGUUAUGCACAGUUUCCUCUCAACAAUGUGAUCUAACUGCAGUUUAGGAUCAAACUGUUUUUAAGGUUAUCCUAAUGAUGUAGCCGAGCAAGUGAAGUCGACUAUACGUCCUACUCACCUAUUGAGAUAAGCAUGUGUCCAGACCAGGGACUAAGUGCGCUAAGGUAUCUCUCAAGGUUCAAAUAGCUACCUGACUUCCUUAUCAGUAUCAUUUUUAUGCUAUGUAACAACUAUAUAGGGCAUUCUAAAACGUGUUUCUCCAUUUUUAUAUUUCAGUUUUGUAUUAUUAUUAUUCAUUCUGUACCUUUGAUAAAGGAAGAUUUUAAGGAGCAAAUAUUUACAUGUUCCUGACCCUAAUUGCAUAAGUGACAUUGAUUUCUAAUUUCAGCUGCUACUUUGUUUUGGAA